AUGUACGUCAUCGCUCUCUUGGGGAAUUUCACCAUCCUCUUCAUUGUGAAGACAGAGCCGAGCCUCCAUGAGCCCAUGUACUAUUUCCUCUGCAUGCUGGCUAUCACUGACCUGGUCCUGUCCACGUCCACCCUGCCCAAAAUGCUGAGCAUCUUCUGGUUCAAUGCCAGGGAGAUCGAUUUCAAUGUCUGUCUCACCCAGAUGUACUUCAUUCACUGCUUCUCAGCGAUGGAGUCCGGGAUCUUCGUGGCCAUGGCGUUGGAUCGCUACGUGGCCAUCUGCCAUCCCCUGAGACAUUCCACCAUCCUGACAAACCCCAUGGUGGCCAAGAUUGGCCUGGCCGUGAUACUGCGCAGCAGCAUUCUCACACUGCCCUACCCCUUCCUGGUAAGGCAGUGGCCAUACUGCAGAACUAACAUCAUUCCCCACUCAUACUGUGACCACAUAGCUAUAGUGAAGUUGGCCUGCGCGGACAUCCGAGUCAGUAGUUAUUACGGCCUCUUUGUGGUGAUCUCUGUGUGGCUGGAUGUGUUGUUUAUCACCAUUUCCUAUACUCAGAUUCUCAGGGCCAUUUUCAGGCUCCCCACAAAGGACGCCCGGCUCAAGACCUUUGGCACUUGCAGCUCUCACCUUUGUGCUAUAUUAGCUUUUUACAUCCCACAGUUUUUCUACUCAUUCACACUCCGGUUUGGCCAGAAUGUGCCCCGAUAUUUCCUCAUUCAUAUUGCCAAUGUGUACCUUCUGGUUCCUCCAGUGUUACACCCCAUCAUCUAUGGCAUGAGGACCAAACAGAUCCGGGACAAGCUGCUCCAGCUCUUUACUCAUACAGGGACCUAA